GAAACCACAAAGUAAACUGCAAAAACUAAACAAAGUUCAUACCAUGGCCAUAGAGUUACGCUCUACGAGCACUGUAAGUGAUAGCAUAACAACAAAUAAUAACACAACAACAACAACAACUGUAAUAAACUGCAACAUCAACAACAACAACAUCGACAACUGUCAACGACGCGCUCAACAGCUGUUUAGUUGCGUCUGCGUCAAUGUAAAUCUGCUGCUGCUCACAUUGAUGCUAACGCUGAGCAAAUGCUGCACUGCCACGCCCACAACAUCACCGCUAACCGCAACGAAUAAUGAGCAAAUGCUGCCACACAUAGAUGGCGCCACACUGACCAAACAAUUCGAUGGCAAAGGCAUUCUCAACAUGGGCUUCAAGUUCCUCAAUGUAUCCGGCAAGAUCGGCACGCCACUGGACAUAGCUCAAGCUCUGUACACGAAAUGCGAUGAGAAGCAAUUCCAAUGUCGAAAUGGCGAUUGUAUUCCCAUACGCUUCGUUUGCGAUGGCGAUGCUGACUGCAAGGAUCACAGCGAUGAGCAGGUCACUAGCUGCAAAUUUCUCGAGGCCACUUGCUCAUCAGACCAUUUCCGCUGCUCAAAUGGCAAUUGCAUACCGAACAAAUGGCGAUGCGAUCAGGAGAACGAUUGUGCCGAUGCCUCCGAUGAAUCAAAGGAAUUGUGCAAGGCACGCACCUGUUCGCCGGAAGAGUACAGCUGCAAAAGCGGCGAAGGUGAAUGCGUUCCUUUGGCCUGGAUGUGCGAUCAGAGCAAGGAUUGCAGCGAUGGCUCCGAUGAGCAUGCCUGCAACCAAACGUGCCGCUCCGAUGAGUUCACAUGCGGCAACGGGCGUUGCAUACAGAAGCGUUGGGUCUGCGAUCACGACAACGACUGCGGCGAUGGCAGCGAUGAGCUCAACUGUCCCGUUGUUCCCUGCGAUGCCAUCGCGGAGCACACCUGCGCCAAUGGCGCCUGCAUUGCCAAGCGCUGGGUCUGUGACGGUGAUCCGGAUUGCCCAGAUGCCUCCGAUGAACGGGCCUGCACGAAUGUCACCAAGCAAGUAACGCCCUGUCUGCCUCAUGAAUAUCAAUGCAAGGAUCGCAUCACCUGCCUGCAUCACAGCUGGCUCUGCGAUGGCGAUCGUGAUUGUCCCGAUGGCGAUGAUGAGUUCACCAACUGCAAGAACAUCACCUGCCGACCAGAUCAAUUCCAGUGUCACGAUCGCAGCUGCAUUGCCGGUCAUCUGGCCUGCAAUGGCGACUCCGACUGCAAAGAUGGCAGCGAUGAACGCGAUUGCAGAUUGGCGGCCGAGUCCAAGAGCUGCAACGCAACUAAUCAAUUCGAUUGCGGUGGUAGUCAGUGCAUUCCCCUGUCCAAGGUCUGUGAUCAACGCAAGGAUUGCCCCGAUGGCGAGGAUGAGCCGGCGGGCAAGUGCAAAGUCAAUGAAUGCUCUAUCAAAAAUGGCAACUGCAUGCAUCGCUGUGUCGAUCAGCCUGUGGGCUACGCCUGCGACUGUCAUCAGGGCUAUCAACUGUCCUCGGAUGGUCACACUUGUGUGGACAUCAAUGAGUGCGAAGAGCCGGGAAUCUGCUCGCAGCUGUGCGUCAACGAGAUUGGCGGCUUCAAGUGCGAAUGCCAGACAGGUUACAUGCGGGAUCCACGUAAUCACACGCGUUGCAAAGCCACCGAAGGUCAUGCUUCAUUGCUGUUGGCACGUCGUCAUGAUAUUCGCAAGAUAGCUUUAGAUCACAUGGAGAUGACUUCGAUUGUAAAUAGCACCAAGUCAGCCACAGCUCUAGACUUUGUCUUCCGCACUGGCAUGAUCUUCUGGAGCGAUGUGACCACCCAGAGUAUUUAUAAGGCGCCCAUCGAUGAAGGCAACGAAAAGACAGUUGUGCUCAAGCAAUCAUCUGUGACUUCAGAUGGUCUGGCUGUCGAUUGGAUCUACAAUCAUGUGUACUACACAGAUACACAGAAGUGCACCAUUGAGCUGACCAACUUUGAUGGCAACAUGGGCACAGUGUUGAUCAAGGAUUCGCUAGAUAUUCCACGCUCCAUUGCACUCGAUCCCAUCGAUGGCUGGAUGUAUUGGUCCGACUGGGGAGCAUCACCUCGCAUUGAGCGAGCUGGCAUGGAUGGCUCGCAUCGCACCACGAUUAUCAACUAUGAUGUGAAGUGGCCCAAUGGCAUCACUCUCGAUAUGGUGCGAAAGCGCAUCUACUGGGUGGAUGGCAAACUGAAUGUCAUCUCCUCAGCCAACUACGAUGGUUCACAGCGCAGACAGAUUCUUUACUCGACGGAGUAUCUGCGACAUCCGUUCUCCAUCACCACCUUUGAGGAUUACAUCUACUGGACGGACUGGGACAAGCAGACCGUCUUCAAGGCCAACAAGUUCACCGGCGAAGGUGUCGAGCCCAUUACAGCCGUGCACAUGUUGCAGCAUCCCAUGGUUAUUCAUGUCUACCAUCCUUAUCGCCAGCCAGAUGGCGUAAAUCGCUGCGAAUCGGUUAAUGGCCACUGCUCACAUCUCUGCCUGCCCGCGCCGCGCAUCAACGAAAAGAGUCCGCCCAUUUCGUGUGCGUGUCCCACGGGUCUUAAGCUCAUGGCCGAUGGCCUUAUGUGUGUGGAGGAUCCCCUUUAUAGAGUUGUUACCAAACCCCCGCGUGUCCACAGAUAUAAGAGCAAAACGAAACCGAAACAGCCGCGAAUUCCGCACACUAAUGAUGUGCCUGUCAAAAUUGAAACGCAUCAGGCAAUCAUCAUACGCCCCUUUGUCGCCGACCAUCGACCAGUGAAGAACCAAACACACAACGAUCAGACCAAAGCAAGCAGCCCGCAACCGGACUCGGGCUUCAUAGCGCUCGUCGUGAUUGCCAGUCUCAGCGGCUGUGCAGGUCUCCUCUCGGUGCUUCUAUUUGUGGGCUAUCGCUAUUGCAGUAAGCGACGCAUCAAUUCCAUGAACUUUGAGAAUCCCAUUUACCGCAAGACAACCACAGAGGAUCACUUUAGUCUGCGUAAGAAUCUGCCAGCGCGUAUCUAUGAUCACACUAGCGUUAUGGAUGAGGAGUACUCACCUGUCAUAGGCAUAUCGUCGUAUUAGAGCUUUGGGGUUUUAUUUUUUUGGCAACUAAGCUAAAUACUGAAUGGCCUGGGCAGAACCAAUGAGUAACCCACAGCAGACACGCCUAAAGACUGAGCAAAUCGUAUGUGUAAAUUAUUUUAAAAACUUAUUUUAAACAGCAGGUCAUUUCGAAGAGAGCGAAGCAAGGGGAGAAUCCUUAAAGGAUUGCUGUACAAAUAUGUCGCAGAGUUCUAACCUAAACACUAAACUAAACGAAACUAAAUUAAUGCUAAACUAAACUAAACUAAAACUUAAACUAAACUCAACUGAACUAAACUGAAUCAAUGAAAUAAUGAAAACUCUAAUGAUAAUUCAAAUAGUUCCAAACUGUAUAUAGCUGUAAGUGUGCAUUACGUAAUUUUAAAGCAAAACAAAUAAUUAUUAUACUUAUUACGCUCUUGAUAAUUAGAGAAAAGUUGACAAAUUUAUUUCUGUUUAAUGUGCAAAAACGUUUAUUAUUAUUAUUAUUAUUACAUUAUUAUUAAUAAUCUUACAUGCUAUUAUUAAGUGUACAUAUGUUUACGAGCAAAGAUGAUUGAAUAAAUGCAGA